UUUGCCCUUUUUUCUGUUUUACUCUUCUGGGUUUUGUCUCUCCUCCACCUCACAAGUAGCAGAAUUGAGCUGCAACAAACUAGAAGAAAGUUGGAAAGACUGAAGCUUUUUCUCAGUGCAGGACCUAGAAUUUUACAAAUGGUCGUAAAUUCGAGCAAGUAUUGAGGAAAGAGCAAGCUUGAAGCUCAUGGCCUGUCAAGUUGGAGCGAAGAUGGUGCUGCAGUCAAGUGUAUCAGUAAUGGAGGGUGAAGUCUCUGAAAGAUCAUGUAUAACUCUCACAAUUUGUGCAAUGCAGAACUGGAGCGUUGAGCCGACUUUUAGUAGACAGAUACCGAAGAUUGGCUUAAAGUCUGCCUCUUUUCUCAGAAAGAGAUUUAAGUUGAGCGGACAAGAUUGGAGAAUACCCUUUGCAUUGGACACGGGGGGAAUAUCUGGAAAUGGUGGAGAAGAGAAUCUUGAUGGUGACAGUUCCGGUCUUGGUAGCACCCGAUUGGGAAGGAUAGUUAGUGCAGGUGGCAGACAGCUAUUGCAGAAGCUGAAUUCAGCAAGAAAGAACUUCCCUAUGAAGAUAUUUCUCCUUCUAUUGGGGUUUUACACAGCAAAUGCGCUGGCUACGAUUCUUGGGCAGACAGGUGACUGGGAUGUAUUAGUUGCAGGUGUUGUGGUUGCUGCCAUUGAGGGCAUUGGUAUGCUUAUGUACAAAAAGCCUACUUCUCCAUCUACUGGGAGGUUGCAAUCAUUUGUGGUGAUGAUGAACUAUUGGAAAGCUGGUGUGUGCUUAGGUCUUUUUGUGGAUGCCUUUAAGUUGGGUAGUUGAACUCCUUUACCUCAUUAACUCCAUCUUUCCCUUUGGGGAUUCCUUCUUCAGAUAAUCUCAUUGUUGUAUCUACUGGCUCAUUUUAGUUCGAUAUCAUCAUGCUUCAAAUAA